GGCAAGGACGUACCAUUCUGCACGCCGCCGGAAGUUAUCCAUGAUAGACAUAUCCCUCGACAAUACUGCACGAUAAUAUUCGUUUAGCAUUUUUUUCUGCUUGACAUUAGCAAGCUUAUACUUAAAUAUUAGUUGCUGAGCUGUGUUUUUAAUGAAUGGAAACUCGAUACAAGAUGGCUUGAUCAUGCCUUCAGUUCGUUUGGUCGCUGCUUCGGCAUCCGCGUACAAGUGUCUUCAUUUGUUUCGUCUGUAAAAUUCUUGAAAACGUCUUGGAGACUUCUUAACCGCCAUUUACCGCAAACUCUAGACGCUGCACAGAAAACGCAAACGUAGAAGAAAUUAUUUUUUGUUCAGAGCAGAAGACUCAUCACUCAUUUUCGUCUCAAUUUGUGUCGUCAGUUGUCAUGAGGCUGGCAGGGCCACUGCGGGCUGUUGCUGUGGUUCUUCUUGUGGGCUUGACUUGGCUUCUAGCAAGUUCCAUACUAGGAGGAGAUGGCUCCUCCAUAGUGAAGAUGAUUUUUGCUGGUGGACAGGAAGAGCCCACCCCAGAACCAAGACCACACAAGUACAAGUGUGGACUCUCUGCUCCAUGCCCUCCGAAACACCUUGCCUUCCGUUUACUCUCUGGAGCCGCCAACGUCAUCGGUCCCAAAAUCUGUCUGGAGGAUAAAAUUCUCAUCAGCAGUGUUAAGGACAAUGUUGGCAGGGGCCUUAACAUUGCCUUAGUAAACGGUGUCUCUGGAGAGCCUUUGGAAACAAAAUCAUUUGACAUGUGGGCAGGAGAUGUGUCUGAUCUGUUGAAGUUUCUCAGACCUCUCCAUGAGGGAACACUAGUGUUUGUGGCUUCCUUUGAUGACCCAGCUACUAAGCUGAAUGAUGAGGCACGGCAACUGUUCGAGGAGCUGGGCAGUACAGCAAUAAAAGACUUGGGCUUCAGGGACAGCUGGGUGUUUGUGGGAGCCAAAGGAAUAGAGAACAAAAGCCCAUUUGAACAGCGUAUGAAGAACAGCAAAAGUAGUAAUAAGUAUGAGGGUUGGCCUGAGUCUUUGGAGAUGGAUGGCUGUGUUCCUCUACGCGCUCCACUAGAAAGUUGAUCUCUUAAUGGGACUUUGAUCAUCAGUCUUCAAACACGGUGCUUCAGCAAAUACAAAACUGGCCCAAUUACAGACAUGCUGAAGUCUUGAAUCACACAAUUGCCUGAAUCAUCUCAAAGUGGAUGAAUGUUUUCUGAAGGAUAUCAGUUUUCUACAGAAUAUUUUUUGUGAAAGAAAAAUGAAAAUCUUAACACAAAUUCAACACAUUUAGCCCUGCCAUUCAACAGAGGAAGUGAAACUAAAAGAAGCAGAAAAUAAAAGGAAAAAGGAAACAUAAGGUUGGCUUGAAAGGGAAAUCAGUUGGGCCACAGGGUGGGUGUGGGUAGGUGUGAGUGUGUGUGUGAGUGUGUGUGUGAGUGAAUGAGUGUCUGUGUGUUUAAUCAUUUCAUGAAGAAUGAAGUACAUCAUAUGUCAGCCAAGCUUAUUUUGAAGUAAUGUGCAUAUUUCUGAUUAUUUUAUUUUGUGUUGUCUUUAUCCUUUUUUUUUUAAAAAGUUUUUAUUUAAAUAGUAGAAUGUGUGACUACCACAUUCCACAUUUUUCAUUUGUCUACUCACAUUCCAAAUCACUGCUAUAAGGGAGCGCUGAUGUUAUGAUGUACAAUAAAGUAGUUUCCUUGUUUUUUCAGGAAAGCUUAAUAUACCAAGUGAUGUUCAAUUAAUGUACAUUUUAAUAUACUUAUAACAAUAUAUGUGUGUUGGGCAUAAUUAUAGUGAAUUAUAACUGAAAAGCUUCAAGUAAAACCACUGAUAAAGUUUCAAGCACCCAGAAUAUGAUUUGGAUUUAAUCUUUUAAAAAUAAUUUUGUAGUAAACUGAGAAAUGUGACUAAAUACUGUACUUAAAGUAUAAUUGUUGCAAUAAAGUGUGAAGGUUACAUUUA